UCACAAACUAAAAACCAGAGAAGGAAAAUGUGCAGUAGGGGAUUGUUACAGAUGGUACAGAAAGUAGGUUGAAGAAGGUCAUGUUGUUUGGUCAAUGGAAUCCAUAGCCAUGGCGAUGAGAAAAGGAGCAGUAUAAGUAGAAAGGCGAUUGUUCACAGAUACAUUACAAUUUACAACCAUAGCCAUUUCUCUUAAUCUCAGUCUCUUUUAAGGUUCAAACAACACAUAAGAAUGUCGCCUUUGGCUUUUGUUUUGACUUUGAGCUGUUACAGACGUUGGCCAUCCCGCUUCAGCACCCCCUAUUCUCACAACCUUCUCGUUUUAUUCUCUUCAACCGCCACCACCAUUACCCCACCUAACGGAAACGAGUCGCCGUCGAGUGGACCCGCUCCGCCUCCUAUCCGAGUCGCACUAACCGAGUCAACAGGUCGAGCCGUGUUCGCCACUCGGAGAAUUGGUGCUGGAGACACCAUCCACACUGCUAAACCCAUCGUAUCUCAUCCUUCUCUCUCUGCCAUUACCACUGUCUGUUACUUUUGCCUCAAAAAGAUCAACGCUGUUACUGCGUCUCAAUCUCAAGGCGUUUACUUUUGCUCUGAAAAUUGCAAAGAGAGCUCCAAGGUUUUUUAUGAUGUGGAGAAGAAAACAGAUUGGCUAGCUUUUGAUGAUUAUUGCAGGACCCAAGGCCUGAAAUAUCCCCUUUUGGUAAAGCGGUUAGCUUGUAUGGUUAUAUCAGGAGCUGCACCUGCUGGUAUUCUCGACAUACUUCAACCAGCUAACUUAACUCAAGGGAUGAUUUUAAAGAUGGAAGAGGGAUUCCAUUUGCUAAGAAAUGCUUUGGUGAAGGCAAAUAUUGGAGAUGAACAUAUGUCUUUCUUAACGAAACAAUGGUACACUGAUGUGCUUGCACGAAUUCGUAUCAAUGCAUUCCGUAUUGAAUUAGCUGCAGGUGUAUAUGAAGAUCUUCUUUCAUUAGCUUCAGCCUCCAUCGAAGCUGAAGCUGCAGUUGGAAAUGCUAUUUACAUGCUUCCAUCCUUUUACAACCAUGAUUGUGAUCCAAACACACACAUUGUUUGGAUAGAGAAUGCUGAUGCAAAAUUGAAGGCGCUCCGUGACAUUGAUGAAGGUGAAGAGCUUCAGAUAUGCUACAUUGAUGCCAGUAUGAGUUAUGAUGCCAGAGAAAGUCUCUUGUCUCAAGGUUUUGGUUUCAAAUGCAAUUGUCUGAGAUGCAUGUCUGGUGAUUAAGAGAUCUAUGAUGUUCAGUCUCCUAGGAUUAUAAGGAUGUACUGUAUUUGUAUGUCAAUAGUUUCUUCGACAUUAGUAAGAGGUGGUAAAAGAACAUAGUCCAUUUUUGGUAGAAGGCUGCUUGUAAUUUAGGAGCUUUUUUAGUAGUACCUAAAUUGAAACAAUAAAUAUGCAAGUUCCAAAGGAAAGAAAAUGGUGGAACCUGAGUUCAUUAUUCAGGGUGCUGGAUGGGUUUGAUACAUAGAACUGGAAGUGGGUCAGUCAGAUUUGAGAGCCCAAAUUACUUUUCAGUAAUAAUAUUUAGAUCUGCUAUUUCCUUUGUAAUAA